GGCUGUCCCCUCCUCCCAGCGUGACCGUUCUUUAACUUAGGCUGUCCUUGGAUGCUUCUCACCCUGUGGAGACUCAGUGCCAGGCACAACUCAACCAUUGUGAACUUCAAGAACUAGGAAGAGCCUAGCCAGACCGCCAUACGGCCACAUCUGUACAGGGCAGCCUGUGGCCUCUGCAGGCCCCAUAGGGGGUUCACCCCUAUGUGUGCAUUGACCAGGCCACUUCCCAGUUACACCCUUGUGAGUGAGGAUCCAUAGGCAGCUCCCAAGAUGGGUGAAAGGAAAGGCCAAAACAAGUACUACCCCCCGGACUUCAACCCAGAGAAGCAUGGCUCUCUCAACCAAUACCACAACAGCCAUCCCCUUCGAGAACGGGCUCGGAAGCUGUCAGAAGGCAUCCUUGUCAUCCGAUUUGAAAUGCCGUACAACAUCUGGUGUGAUGGCUGCAAGAACCACAUCAGCAUGGGUGUGCGCUACAAUGCAGAAAAGAAGAAGGUCGGCAGUUACUACACAACUCCAAUCUACAGGUUCCGAAUGAAAUGCCACCUCUGCGUCAACUACAUCGAGAUGCAAACAGACCCUGCCAACUGUGACUAUGUCAUCGUGAGUGGUGCCAGCCGCAAGGAGGAGCGCCGGGAUAUGGAAGACAAUGAGCAGGUGCUGACCACAGAGCAUGAGAAGAAAGAGAAACUGGAGACGGACGCCAUGUUCCGCCUGGAGCAUGGCGAGGCUGACCGCAGCACGCUGAAGAAGGCCCUGCCUACACUCAGCCACAUCCAGGAGGCACAGAACGCCUGGAAGGACGACUUCGCUCUGAAUAGCAUGCUGCACAGGCGCUUCCGGGUGAGGAAACCCCACAAAGCCAUGCAGGAGGAUGAAGAUAAGGACCAGGCACUGCAGGCGAAGGCCAGCCUAGCCAUCCCUCUCGUGCCGGAGUCAGAGGACGACCGCAGACUGGCUGCCCUGCUAAGGCUGCACACCCUGAACUGUGAGUGGAGGACAAACAGAAACAAGCGCACGGAGAUCAUCCACCGCUCUUGGUUCCCCUGGGCCCAGGGACCCAGUGCUAGCAGCAGCAAAGCUAGCAAUGUCCUGAAGAAGCUGUGCCAGGGCCGCAGACCACCCCCCAGCACCACAGGCACAGUGGGGGACCUGGGCAUAGUGAGGAGAAGAUCUCAAGAAGUUCCAGAAAGUCUCCAGUGUGCAGCAGACAGUCCCUUGUCAGCAGAACCAAGAGGGCCACCAGGAGCCUCCCAGGACAGACCUCAAGAGACAGCAGAAUCCACAAGGAACUGUAGAGACCAGGCCUUACCCCUGGGUUCCUCCCAGGAGGACCUGCUGCGCCCCAGCAACCCCAGUGCCUCCCUGGUGGCUGACUACUUGGACUCAGAGAGCGAGUAAGGGAGUCAGAAUUCCAGGGACCAGAAGCCAUUACUCGUCCAGACCUUACGGACUGCAGGCCUCAUUGCUGCUGGCCCAGCUACAGACUUCUCUCCCUAUAAAGAUCAUUAUUUAUUUAGUUUCGCUGAGGAUGUCUGUGCCUUGGUAGAACCCCUGACACCGUAACAUUAAAGCCCUGUUCUUUGUCCCUGC